UACAGUAAGAAACUUUGAAAGGGAAUCUUCUAAUAUGGAGUUUGUUAGAAAUGAGGUAGAUGCAUUAUACCAUGAAAUGGUAGUUGAUGCAAUGGGUGCACAGUCUGAAUACAAUGACGAGCCAAUGGCUGAGGAGCCAAAUAGUAAGGCAAGAGAAUUUUAUGAUCUCUUGCAUGCUGCAGAAGUCCAUAUAGUGUGUGGAGAAUCCCGUUAUGAGCCAAGGAAUAUGUCUGCUAUAAGGCAGAAAGAUGUUCCAAGGAAAUCUUUGUGGUACCUUCCAAUUACCCCAAUAUUGCAGGGACUAUACAUGUCUAGAAAAAUAGCAGAGCACAUGACAUGGCAUUUGAAAUGUCGUGAGGAUGCAGAUGAAGUUAUUCAUCCUGUGGGUUGUGAGCAAGUUGAUCCAGAGGGAGAACCACAGAGGUCAUUUCGUCAUCUUAUUUGGGGGCCUCGUAGGGCUGUUCCUACACAGCAACAGCUGCCUACCUUGAGCGAGCCUCUCGCACAGCAACAGAUUUCCAGUUUGACUCAACUUCCCACACAGUUGCAACAGGAGCAACCCACUGUUACUCAGCCACCAUUGGCCGAUGACCAGUUCACUAGUGAUGAUGCAACAAUGGAGGAGGACACUGAAGAGCAUAAUUUGGAGGCUGAGUUGGAUGCUGAGUUUGCUUUGCUUGAUCCUGAGUUAGAUGCUCAGUUGGAGGAGGAGCUAUCACAUGCUAUCCCAAAGACAAGAUGUGGCAUGGAUAAAGGAGAUGACGCUUCUGCAGACCCGAGUCAAAGGAAGGUGCUUAACCUUAAUCGCCGAGGCACAUUCAGCCAUGAGAGGUUUGGGAGGACUGCCACAGUAAUUUGGAAGUACUUGUAUGAUGAGCCAGUGCUUUUCUAGUCUAGCUGGCCAGAGGAAAAGAAGAGGGUUGCUUAGGAGAAUUUUCAGGUAUGAAAAUUAUAGAAUAAAAUGAAGUAUUUUUU